UUAGCCGGCGCUAGUAAACACUGACGCUCCAGUCAGGUCACCACCGUGGGACACCACGUCUCCUGACAGAGAGAGAGAACCUAGGUAACCUCAGAGCCACUGCCCACUGACGGACCGGACCAGCACAGCACCACACCUCCCUGCCACCCUACCCCAGGUCGCUAACAGGACGUUCAGAUCUGAUACAGCAACGGGUUGAUCAUUAUCAACUGUAGAGGGCUGGCGACGACUCUGGCACCACUUCAGGCACGAGGACAUGGCUUCUAACAGCAUCUUUGAUUCCUUCGGCAACUACGGCCCCACUCUACUGAGAGACCCUAACACCACCAGACGGUUCACACCGCCCUCCACGUCGUUCCCCUGCAGCAAGAUUGGAGACGGCAGCGGGACCAUGGGCACCCCUGGACCACUGAGGACACGACCCGAGGCCAGGAAUGUGGUGGACGUCCUGUCAGAUCACGCUGGCGAGCUGGUCCGUACGGACAGCCCAAACUUCCUCUGCUCCGUGCUGCCUUCACACUGGAGGUGCAACAAGACACUCCCUGUGGCUUUCAAGGUUGUUGCACUCGGUGAUGUACCCGACGGGACUCUGGUCACUGUGAUGGCGGGGAACGACGAGAACUUCUCUGCGGAGCUGAGGAACGCGUCUGCGGUGAUGAAGAACCAGGUCGCCCGCUUCAACGACCUGCGGUUUGUGGGCAGAAGCGGACGAGGAAAGAGCUUCACUCUGACCAUCACAGUCUUCUCUGGUCCCCCCCAGGUGGCCACCUACCACCGUGCCAUUAAAGUGACAGUGGAUGGGCCCAGGGAACCCAGACGUGAGUACUUACAGGGACACAGGGUAAAGCUAGAGGAUCCCCAGAAGAUGCAGUUCUCUGAUAGGCUGACAGAGAUUGAGCGCUACCAGCGAGCCAGCCUGAGGAUGGGGCCUGGUAACCCCCAGCCCCGGCCCAUGCACCAGAGCCACCUGGGGCCCUCCACCCAGUCCCAGAUACAAGCCCUGUGGUCUGACCAGAUUGACCCACCAGCUCUGAAGACAUGCAAAGUGGAGGACGACCUCAGAUGGUCAAGUCCCACCGCUGAUCUCUUCCCCCAGAGGACCUCCUUCCCCUCUCUGUCCCCGCUGACUGACCCCCGUUUCUCAGACCCACGCAUGCACUACCCAGGAGCCUUCACCUACUCAGCCAACCCCUCCAGCACGGGCAUCGGAGGCCUCAGUGUGACGGGAAUGUCUGCCUCCUCCCGCUACCACACCUACCUGCCCCCGCCCUACCCAGGCAAUCAGAACCAGGGAAGCCACUUCCAGUCCAACUCCUCCCCCUACCACCUGUACUACGGCACCGGAUCCGGCUCCUACCAGUUCUCCAUGGUGGGCCCGGGCGGGACCGGGGGUGAGCGCUCCCCCAGCCGCCUGCUGCCCUGCUCGGGGGCCUCAUCCUCUGGAGUUGGCAACAGCCUGAUAAUCCAGGGCCUGAGCAACCAGAGCGAGGGGGUGGAGGCGGAUGGAAGCCACAGCAACUCCCCUACGACCAUGAGCGGGUCUGGACGCAUGGAUGAAUCUGUCUGGAGGCCCUACUGACUGUUAGACAACUAGAGGAAAUGUAGGACAGAGAAGAGAGAGAGAAAGCAAAAGUCAAGAAGUUGAAACAAAAAAAGAUGAAUUCUUCCCCCCAAAAUAAAUGUUGCAUGUUUGUCUUUUCUUUAUCCCGCACUCGCUUCGUACCCUAUUCCUAGUUGACCAAAGACAUUCAAUGUCUGUCAGAAUGCCAUGGCCAGAGGUGGCCUUUAUGAAGGCCAUGGGUACACCCUGCACUGUGACAGGGACUAUUCUCUGAGACUCUGAAAGCCAUACAAAUCUCAUUAUUUUCAAUUGAUGAGUAAGAACUGCAAAAUAACUGCAAAUAGAUGCUAUGGUGUUAGAACAAAUAAGUCAUAGUAAUAUACUGUAUCAGGUUCUUCUGAAAAACAGGUACAACAUGCAUACCAUAGACUAUGAAAAGGCAAAACUUUCACAUCCAUUCAUUCUAUGCAGCUGAUGAACGGUAAAAAUGCAAGUGCUAUUGUGGCUGAUCCGCCAAUGAGACCAAAACUAUCCUUAUCCCUCAGAUAAGGGAUACCUUUCUUGGCGUUACGAGCUAAACAUCCAGAACAGUGACUGUACUGCCUCAACGGCCUUUGACUGUUAUGUGAAAACAGAAGUCAAACAGGAUGUUUGCUUCACGUGACUCAGAAAGUGUCUUAGAUGACUUGUGGCUGUAUUGCUAAUGUAUACACGUCAAUUGAUCCUGAAUCUUUUAUUUUGUGAGCGGUUUGGAGAUUCAUCCAUCAGUCCAUGAAAGAUCAUCACGAACAAUCCAUCGUCUCAAAGUAGUUAUGCAUUGCUUGAAAAUUGCAUUUAUUAUCUAUACUAGGAUGGAUCAGUCCUUGGAGGUACAGUAAGCAAUGCUUAUUCAAAAUGAACAACAUUAUGUAUUUGAGUGAAACUCCCCUGUAAAGUCGUUAAUGUAUUGAUCAUCUAUGUAGCAGAACAAUAGCUGAUAUUCUGAGGACUGUCCAGGACUUUAGCAGAGAAGAGGUUUUUUUGAAGCAGGAAUUUCAUGGAUUCCUGUCUUUUUAGUUUCUUGGACUGUUAUCUUUAUUUUGACUUAUGGUAGGCCUAUAUAUUUCUUCAUUGUGUCUGCAAACUGUUCUAGUGUAGUAUGUCUGAACUAGAUAAUACAGUUGACUUUUUUUAUAUUUAUUUGAGCCAAAUUUGAGAAAAUGUUCACUUAUGCCCAAAAACAUUUAGCAUUUCUCUCUACCUUAUCUUUUUUUUAUAAAUAUUUUGUUUAUUUGUUGUUUAAUAUAAAAUUUGAAUUUGUGUAAUAUAUUUCUUCUAAAUUAUGAAAAAAACGAAACUUUUAAUGUUAUUAUUUUGUAUUUCAAUGUAGCUUCGAUGCACUAAAAACAUUCAUGAUAUUCAACCAUUAGAAGCACAGAUGCCAACAUUAAAUCCAACAAUCACUUUAUUUAAGAUCCCCUCUUAAACAGUCGCCCAAUCACCAACCCCCAGCCUCCUUGAGUUCACAUUUUUCCACUCUUUUAAAGAAGAAAAUAAAUACUUAAGACACACAACCCACAUUAUGUGGCUAUGCAGAUCUUGUUUCUUUGUUUAUCACUGAAACCUCAGACUAUGAUUGGCUUAAUCUCAAACCACAUUGGCAUGUCUGAAGUGGCUAACUAAACAGUAGAGAUGGAGUGGGCUGAUUUACACACACACACACACACACACACACACACACACACACACACACACACACACACACACACACACACACACACACACACACACACACACACACACACACACACACACACACACCUGUGCUUUCUGUGCUAUAGGUGUGAUUGUGCACAUUCUCACAGUCCCAAUGGCCUUUCCCACCCCAAGGGGACACAGAGAGUAGGGAUGAAGAUAGAAGGGGUUCAAAGUGGGAUCCUCUUACCAACACCAAGGGCAAUCCUAACUAAAAACAAGCCCUUGUUGUGCACAGGUCCCUUUGUUCUGCAUGAGCUGUGAGUCCUUUGAAGCCUUUCUGACCGUGUUUUCUGUCAUUUAUUGAUCAUUAGUGCCUGCAGCUCAGGGCACUGCACAGGAUUCAGAUGUCAGGGCAGAGCAUCUUUUUUGUAUGAGCUGUGCUGAGCCACUUAAUUAAUUGUGUCAGGUGUGCCAUGUUAAGAAAUUGAGGUGUUUUGGUGAAAAGGAGGAGGAGAGUUGUUGUGGCUUCUUAAGAGCAGAUAUUAUACCAAUUAGGGUUGGUUUAGCGACCCCCAAUCUUUGAGCACAUACAUUAAAAAACAAAAAAUAUUGCUAGCAUUUGUAGCUCAGAAAAAAAGUUCAGCUAACUCUAUUGACAAAUCUACUACCUUAUGCCUUAUUUUUGUUUAAGACAAUCAAUUCUAUAAAGAUGCAUUCCUAACUCUUGGGGAGUAGAGGGAAAGAAUAGCAUGUUCUUAUAAUCACUGUGUUCCUAUCCAUCCCUUUGGGUUUGAAGGCCUAACUUUAGAUUGGGCAAAAUUCAUGCAGCUAUGAGAAAUCAAAGAUGUACCUGAUAUCAUAUGGUUAUAUCAAAACCAAAGAAAGGCCUGUAAUAUUGUUACAUUGAGGGUUUGAAUUUGUUGUUUUACACAAAAUGUCUCGGUUGGUUUCCAUUAUCUGUUGAUAAAAUGUCCAUAACUCUUAAGAAAGAGGUGUGUAUAUCAUGAGGCAUUUGCAAAACAGGGAGGUUAAAUUGUACAAUUACGUUUUAUUUUAUGUUGGAUAGAAAAGCACAAAGCUUUUGUUUUCUUUAAUGUUUCUUUUAAACAACCUCUUCAUUUUGUUUUACCAUAAUGUUAAUUCAUUUUGCUCAAAGCAUGUAUGUCUGAAACUAUGUUAAUUUAAUUUCCAUCCAUGUUAUAUCCUUAAAGACUCUGUAUUAAGUGCUUGUAAAGUGUGCAGAUAAUGUAGUUUUUAAUCAUUUUAAUUAAAAAACAUCAAUUUCA